AUGUCUUUAACACUUAAAAUUUUUACUCUAUUAAGACAAUAAGAUUCCUACAACAAAGGUGUUCGGGAAUAUAGAAUAAGAUUAGAUAGAUAAGACAAGACUGUUUAUAAACCCAUAUGCAAUGCUAUCAUUCUGGGUUUCGCAUCUAAGGAGCUUGUUACUAGCUUGCUUGCUGCUAGGUUAGGAAUGCAAGCAGUAGAGUAAAAUAAUGCAGGUUUUAAUGAAAUGUUCAUGGAACGUUGUUUGCCUUAUUUUGAAAAUAUAGCUGAAUUUAGUAGCUGGGAUUAAACUGAGGACAGAGGAAAAUAUUAUUACUCUACAAUUCCAAAUAAAGAAGAAAUGUAAUAUGGAAAAAGUUUAUUGAUAAUUACUUUAGAGUGUCUAGAAGCAUGGGCUAGGUUCUACCCUUUUUAAAGCGAUUAAUUGACAUAAUCAGCUUUCUUUAAGUCAUAUACUAGACUUUUAGAGAAAAAUGUAAAAUUUCCAGAUAAAUUUUUUUAUAUCAAGAAGGAGAAACUCGAUUAUAAUACAUCUCCUAUGUUUACUAAGUUACUUUAAAAUUUCUAUGAAAUCGAAAGGAAAAAUAUACCGCGUAUAAUGACCUAAACAUCACAAAUAGUUUAUAAAGAUUAACAAGAAAAUUAAACUCAAGCAAGAUUAUAAGGAGAGAUGCAGGAACCUAAAAGUAUGUCAACUCCUAAAAAAGAAAUUCAGAAAAUAAAUGAAUCAGAUGCUCAGUCACUUAUUAACUAAUUUAGCUUAUUGAAAGGUUCAUUAAGUGAGAAGGAUUUAGGAUUAGACUUUUAAGAACAAAAUCAAGAUAUUAUGGAUUUGGAGUUGGUUAAAUAAAAUUUAACUGAAUUAAUAGAUAAGAUUGAUAUCAAAAUUGAAGAAUUCUUAAAUCAAGAUGAUGUAAAUACUUCACUAAAACUUUUGAAAGUUUAUGAUGAAAUUAAGAUUUACUUAAUUCAAGAUUUAAAAAGGAAGGUAAUUAUUUAAGACGAGAUUGAACAGCAAAUUUUAGAUAUUUAAAGGCAGAGAGGCGGUUUAUCUUCAUCAUUGAAAGAUCAUGAAACGCAUAAUAAUCUUUUAACUCAUCAAAUAGCUGCAUUGAAAUCCUAAUUUGAAUCACUCUCAAUUUUACAAUAAAAUGACCAAAUGGAAAUGAAAAAAAUGAGAUCUUAUAUAUCUGAGUUAUUAGAGGAAAAUGAAAAGAUGAAAUAAGAAAUAGAAACUCUAAAAAUAUAGCUGAUGAUUGAGAAAAACCAAUUAAAUAAUCAAAUGUAAUAACAAGAAGAAAUAAAUUGAUUUCCCUGUGAAGGGACAAAUUUACAUUCUAUCCUAAAUGUGGUUCUCUUU